AUGGCUGGUAGGGAAGUUCUAAUCAAAUCUGUGCCUCUUGCGAUACCUGCAUAUCUUAUGUCUUGUUUCAAAUUUCUCUCCUCCACUUGCAAAGCUAUUAAUGGGGAUCUUAGUAGAUUUUGGCGGGGAUCGCGGGAUGACGGAGGGAACAAGAUUUACUGGAAAAGCUGGGAGCAUCUUUGCCUUUCCAAGAGUGAUGGAGGUAUGGGCUUCAGGUACAUUGAGACUUUCAAUGUAGCCGUCCUCGCAAAGCAGUGCUGGAGACUGGAAUAA